AUGGCGGCGUCAAAGGCGGCGCCAUCGACGCCGCAAAAGGCGUCCAGCAAGGAAGAUGAGAGAAUACAAAGAGGAUUAACUAAACUUGAGACCGCUUUCAAGGACCCCCUAACGGAAUAUGGGCCACUCCUUGCAAAAUGCAAGGGGGGAGUAGAUAAAACUUCCAAUUCCGCAGAAAUACAACCACAUAAAGAUGAUUUAUGUAAUUAUAUAACUUCUGCUGUUAGAGGUACUUACGGGAAUAGUCGAUCAAAGGGUCAAGGUACAAGUCCAAGUCCAGGACCUGUUUCUGGUCCUGUUUGGAGUGGAUUAGAUCGUAAGAAUCGUUGUUAUAUGUUACGAAUAUGUAUGAAAUAUUUAAUGCACCACUCUUGUAUAUCAGACAGUGAUGUUAAGAAGAUUUUAAAUGCAAUGGAACCGCAAGUUAAGACAUGGAGGGUAGGGGAGGGGAGUGAAGAAGCUAAGCGAAGGAAUAGGGAAGCUUUUGGUAAUUGUAUAAAAAAAACAUGGGAUAAAAAUUAUCGGGGAGAAAAAGACUUAAAGUGUAGAGUUAUUGAGGUAUUAGAGAAAGUGAAUAUAAUACAGGAUAAAAAAUUGAACCCAUUGAAAUCGGUAUUAUCUGGUGCAGGAAGUGCAACAUGCUCUACUUCAUAUGACAACAGUUGUAAUAACGGCACGGCCGGUGUUGGCGGAAGCGGCGGUGGCGCCGUCGUCGACGACGUCGACGACGUCGUCAGCGACAGCGACGAAGACGAUGAUGACGAAGAUGAGGAUGUUGUUCUUGGUGCUGCAACAACAGCAUCAUCAACACAAUCACCAUCCCUCCCUGUAGGGAAGAAAGGGAAGGGAAUCGUCCCUUCCCUUUCUUCCUUUCCUUUUGACUCGAUUCAUCCUUAUCUUCCUCUAGUUCCUUCUAUCCUUGGAAUUAUCACUAUAACUUAUUUCCUUUGGAAGUAUUUUGGCCAACUGGGUAAAAUAAAACGUUUCAGAAGAGCUCCUUUAAGAAUUCCCGGUCCAUCGGUACAAGAACAAGUCCUCGAUCAUGUGCAGCAAGAUAGUUCACAUGAAUAUCGAUUGUUUAAGGAACGAAAACCUCGUUAUGUUCCAACAAGAACAAAACGUUCUGGUCGCGAUCCUGCUGGUAGUGGUCGCGUGAAUCGUCGAACGAUUAUUGAAAUUCAUUUUGAAGUGUUGGAUGAAUGUCAAAAAGGGGACACACAAUUGGCUCAGAAGGAUUUUCUGGAACUUUUGGUUCAAGAAUUCAUGGGAUCCGAAUUAAUGGAAGAAGAACAGGUUCCUAAGGAAGAAGUUCUUAUGGAAGGUGUUCCUAUGGAAGGUAUUCCUUUGGAGCAGGCUCCAAUGGAACGUGUUCCAAAUUUAGGUUCCGGGUUUAAGGUUUAG